GAGAAAGUGGUCUCCCGGUCCUACUCCUCCGCCAUCUUGGCUCCUCCCCCCGGACUUAAAUGAAUUUAAGGAGGUGACAACAUGUGUUUUCCCCAGGCUCUUGGAUACAAAAUUGAUGGCCAGCACACAACCUUUUAAGGAUAUCAUUAACAACACAUCCCUUGCAGAAUUGGAAAAGCGGUUAAAAGAGACACCUUUCAACCCUCCUAAAGUUGAAAGUGCAGAAGGCUUUCCGAGUUACGACACGGCUUCUGAGCAGCUCCACGAGGCCGGCUAUGAUGCUUAUAUUACAGGACUGUGUUUCAUCUCCAUGGCCAACUACCUAGGUUCUUUUCUUGGUCCUCCAAAGAGUCAUGUAUCUGCCAGAUCAAAACUCAUCGAACCUUUUUUUAACAAGUUAUUUCUUAUGAGAGUCAUGGAUAUCCCCUAUCUAAACUUGGAAGGACCAGACUUGCAGCCUAAACGUGAUCACGUCCUCCAUGUGACAUUCCCCAAAGAAUGGAAAACCAGCGACCUUUACCAGCUUUUCAGUGCCUUUGGUAACAUUGAGAUAUCCUGGAUUGAUGACACGUCAGCAUUUGUUUCUCUCAGCCAGCCUGAACAGGUACCAAUUGAUUUUCAGAGUAAUCUCCACAAAGUGUACCAGGCUAUAGAGGAGGCCGACUUCUUCGCCAUCGAUGGGGAGUUUUCAGAUCUAGGAAUCAGCGAUGGACCUUCAGUCACCGCAUUAACAAAUGGUUUUGACACUGCAGAAGAAAGGUAUCAGAAGCUUAAAAAGCAUUCCAUGGACUUUUUGCUGUUUCAGUUUGGCCUUUGCACUUUUAAGUAUGACUACACAGAUUCAAAGUAUAUAACGAAGUCUUUUAACUUCUAUGUUUUCCCGAAACCCUUCAAUAGAUCCUCACCAGAUGUCAAAUUUGUUUGUCAGAGCUCAAGCAUUGACUUUCUAGCAAGCCAAGGAUUUGAUUUUAAUAAGGUUUUUCGCAACGGAAUUCCGUACUUAAAUCAGGAAGAAGAAAGACAGUUAAGAGAGCAGUAUGAUGAGAAGCGUUUGCAGUCCAACGGCGCAGGUGCUCUGUCCUACACAUCUCCUAACACUUCAAAGUGUCCCGUGACAAUUCCUGACGAUCAGAAGAAGUUUAUUGACCAAGUAGUAAAGAAAAUAGAAGAUUUAUUACAAAGUGAAGAGGACAAGAACUUGGAUUUAGAGCCAUGUACUGGGUUCCAAAGAAAACUGAUUUAUCAGACUUUGAGCUGGAAGUAUCCCAAAGGCAUUCAUGUUGAGACUUUAGAAACUGAAAAGAAAGAGCGAUACAUUGUUAUCAGCAAAGUAGAUGAAGAAGAACGCAGAAGAGAGCAGCAGAAACACGCUAAGGAACAGGAAGAACUGAAUGAUGCCGUGGGAUUUUCUAGAGUCAUUCAUGCCAUUGCUAAUUCGGGGAAGCUUGUCAUUGGACACAACAUGCUCUUGGAUGUCAUGCACACGGUUCAUCAGUUCUACUGCCCUCUGCCCGCGGACUUAAAUGAAUUUAAGGAGGUGACAACAUGUGUUUUCCCCAGGCUCUUGGAUACAAAAUUGAUGGCCAGCACACAACCUUUUAAGGAUAUCAUUAACAACACAUCCCUUGCAGAAUUGGAAAAGCGGUUAAAAGAGACACCUUUCAACCCUCCUAAAGUUGAAAGUGCAGAAGGCUUUCCGAGUUAUGACACGGCUUCUGAGCAGCUCCACGAGGCCGGCUAUGAUGCUUAUAUUACAGGACUGUGUUUCAUCUCCAUGGCCAACUACCUAGGUUCUUUUCUUAGUCCUCCAAAGAGUCAUGUAUCUGCCAGAUCAAAACUCAUCGAACCUUUUUUUAACAAGUUAUUUCUUAUGAGAGUCAUGGAUAUCCCCUAUCUAAACUUGGAAGGACCAGACUUGCAGCCUAAACGUGAUCACGUCCUCCAUGUGACAUUCCCCAAAGAAUGGAAAACCAGCGACCUUUACCAGCUUUUCAGUGCCUUUGGUAACAUUGAGAUAUCCUGGAUUGAUGACACGUCAGCAUUUGUUUCUCUCAGCCAGCCUGAACAGGUACCAAUUGCUCUCUGCCGCAGACAUCAUCGCACCGGUAUUAUGAGACUGCUGUAGCUUUCCAGUCAUUGCUAUUCCAGAGUGAGUUUCUGAAGCAGCAGGAGUGAGAUGAUUUUGCAAAUUGCAAUAUAAUACUAUAUAUGAUCUUGUCUCAACCUGUAACACACGUAUCCUCACAGAAAUAACAUUUAAUUGUGGUAAUAUCCUUCCUGAUAUCAGACACAGUAUGGCGCCUGUUAAGAUUGUAUUGUUUGUAUAAGAUGGAGUAAAAAGUGGUUUAAAGUUGAAGGAAUAAAAUCACAUACCUUGAUAAACCCCUUAGAUGCUAUUUAGGCUGUGGAGAGCUUUUGAUUUUGUUUCCUUUCUGUACUCCCCAAAUAAAAACGCCAGCAAUAAUCUGACAGGCGAACGCUGUCAAACGCUGUAACCCCAUCUAGUCCCCUCCCUGCACGUUUUAAUCCCUGGUGGACUCUUCUCAGCUACACGGGCUGUGAGGUUAGGGAGUUCUGCGUGUGACCCUUUCCCCAAAGUCUCCCAGCGACAGAUGCAGUGACCUUAUCACGCAGACAGCUCUAUACAGUUUGACAGUCCAGCCAUCUGGUUUAUAUUGAUCAUAAGUGAUUUAAAGAAACCAGCUCUCUGAAAGUUGGUCAUUUAAAACCCCAAGGCUAAAUUGGCCUACAUGUUAAUUUGAAGUUUUAAGCCAUUAUUCUUGAAACUUGCUUCGGACUGUUAUGUAAGAAAUUAAGGCCUCGUUUCUUGUCUGUGUGAGCUUUAGGGGUGAAAAAAACUCAUGGCCUACCUUGGAAGAUGUCAGGUUUUAUGAAGAAUGGUUUAUACUCUACAGACUAUAUAUGAGUAUGUGCUCAUAGUUUGAGUUUAUGUCUCUUUUUAGAUCUUGCAAGAGCUGCAAGUGUAGGUGGAUUUAUUUACCAGCUUUCUCAAUUUGAGCUCAUACUUAACCUCUCUGAGUCUCGAGUCUGUAAAAUGGGGUGACAGCGGUAGCCAUUUCAUCGCAUUGUUGGGAGAAUUGAGUGAGAUUAACCUGCUGCGUAGCACGUAGUAGAAAGACUGCCUUCCCUCCUGAUUGCUGAUGCUAAUUACCCGCUGCUCUUAACAGCCAGCACUUUCCCGUUCUUGAACCCGUUUCCUCUGUGGGCGUCUAGAGCCCUCCUCUCACCUUUCCUCCCAGGAUCACUGACACAGUGCCUCAGCCUUUCACCUGUUUAUCUAUCUGCCUAUAAAUAUUGGAAUUUCUCCUGUGAGCGUUAUCUUUUGUUUCCCUCACACUCUCCAUGGAUAAUCUGAUCACAGCCAGGACUUCAGCUACGGCUUGUUUGUAUGCUAAGUGGCUUCCAUGUGUUUAUCUCCAGCCCAGGUCUCUUUUGGGAUCCUCUGAAAGGCAUUUCCUAUCCUGCUUACAGGGCAGAUCAGGCUUUUUGUGGCCGUAAGGGCAGGUAAAGAUCAAUGGGAAUGGAUACCAUUGAUCUGAGCCAGCUCUUAUUGGUUAAUUAAGAAUAGGUGGAAAUCCAAAGUUUAAUUAAAAUGUAGGGGUUUUAUAUUUUGUUUUUUAAAGUCUGAUGUUGCAUGUCACACCAUAAAACAAGUAAAUUUUAGUCAAGUGUUCAAUUUCUACAGUUCCUGGUUAUGAUGAUGCCUCUACAAUUUGUUUUGGAAAACCUGGUUUUCUGAAUUGCUGAAAUUGUGCCAGUGCAGCGGUAAGUUGUUCAAGAUGGACGUCUUUUCAGAUUUAUCAUAGCCUUGAUUCAGUCAACAGGUAAUAGUCACACACGGCCUCAGCUUGUGUAGAUGCCGUGUCGAGGCUGCCUGCUCUCUUACAGUUUGUUUUUUCAUAGGUUGUCACUCAGUAAUUCUCUGCCACGGGCAGCAUUGUGCCUUUACUGUGAAAGUGCUAUAGUUUUCAGUCGUUGUAACUUUUUAGUCAUUUUAGUAAAGCACUAACUUUGUUAAAAUGGGGUUUAUUAACCAGUUUUUCUUAAUGUCUUAGUUUUUUUUUUUUUAACUUGUGGGACAUAUACUAUAUGGGGAAGAAUGUAUAUAAUGUGUAUUAUGUUUUAAAGAGUAAUAGUAAAAUGAACACUUAAGUAAUCAACUUCCAGGUUAAGCAAACAACAUUAUCAGUGUCCAGAAGCUCCCAGUGGAGUCGUUCCCCGUGUCUCCCUUUUCCCUCUCCCCCAGGAGACGUUUGGUUUGAAAAGCUGAGUUACUUUUCUGCAUCUGGGUGUGUAAGGGAAGGGCAGUGUUGCCACUGUGGCCUCCAUAACUAGAGAGACCAAACUGAGUCUCUGGAUCAUAGCUGGGCUUCAUUUUUCCUGGAGGGUUACAGAGCUUCUUCUGGGGAAGUUAGUGCUCAAGGUCAUGAGUGAGUUCUGGGAAACAAAAGGUUUACCAUAAUCAGAAAACCUGGCAGGGCUGUUGUGUGAGUCAGAUGCCUGGCAGAAAAACGCUAACAAGAACAUCUCUGUUCUUCUGUUUCUGAAUUCUGUGGUUCUGGCCACCACAGCUCUCCAGCAUAGAGGGAAGUAGCAAUCAGGGUGAGAAGAAAGUCUUCAGUGGGUAAAGGCUUCAAGGUGGGAUUGGGCAUAGGUGGGGAAUUGAGUAGGAGCUUCAUUCACAUGUGGUUAGAAUGAGCCAAAGCACAGAGUCUGGGUCAGGCUCACCUGAGCAUUUUAUAUUCAGGUUGAAAAGGUGGUUAAAAAAAGGCAAGGGAGGGAAUGGGGUUGGUGGUGAUAGCACUCAGCCUGUGUAUCUCAUUAGUCACAUUGAUGAAAUUGGAUUAGUCCUCUCUGUCUCACACUCCUGAUUCUAGGAUCAUUCUUCACUGUUUUCAUGAUUCCAUUUGCUGCUUCUCUGCGCUGGACCUCCUGCUUCCUGAACCUCACAUUUUCCUCAUUUUAGAUUACUUUCUUGUUUUGGUGGAACACAGCCUCCAGUAUUUUUUGAGAUAAAGCCGCAUGGGAGAUGACUUUUUUGAGAUAUCAUUAUUCUAUCCUCACUCUUAGAUUGAGGGACUGAGGAUUCUUGAUUGGAAGUAAUGUUUGUCAGUGACAUGAAAGUGUUGCUCCACUAUAUUCUCACUUCCAGCGUUGCUGUUGAGAAGUUACAAGCCAUUUGGUUUCUUAAUUGUUUUGAUGUGUUCUCGCGGUUUUUCUUAGGCUAUUUGUAAGAACUACUGUUUAAAAUAAUAUUCCUCCCCUUAGGCUGUGCCGGAUCUUCAUGGCUAUGCAGCCCUUUCUCUCCUUUCUGUGUGUGAGUUUCUCACUGUAGUGGCUUCUCUUGUGGAGCACGGGCUCUGGGGCUUGUGGGCGUCAGUAGCUGCAGUUCGUGGACACGGUAGUUGUGUUUCUCGGGCUCUAGAGCACAGGCCUAAGAGCUGUGGCACACUGGCUUAGUUGCGCUGCGGCAUGUGGAAUCUUCCGGGACCAGGGAUCGAACCCAGAAUCUGGCAGGCAGGUUCUUUACCACUGAGUCCCCAGUGAUGCCCCGUAAGAACUACUCAUUUCCCCAAUGUUUUGAAAUUUCACCUCGAUAUGCCCAGGCAUAACCAGUUUUCUUCCAUCUAUCUGAGUGCUCGGUGGGUCCUUUAAACCCAGAUACUGGUUUCCUUCAGUUCUGAGAAGUUUCCUUGAAUAAUUUUGUUAAUUAUUUUCUCUCCAUUCUUUUUUUUUUUUUUUUUUUCUGUUCUUUCUUUCUGGGAUUCCUGUUAUUCAGAUGCUGUGCCUCCUGGACUGGCCCUCUAUUUCUUAUCUUUUCUUUAAUUUUACAUUUCUUUGUCUUUUUGCUCUACUUUCUGGGAGAUUUCUUCAAAUUCAUUCUCCAACUCUUCCUUUAUUCCUGUUACCAUGCUGUUAAGUUUUAAGUGUGUGUGUGUGUGUGUUUUGGUUCUUUUUAUAGCAUCCUGUUCUUAUUGGUUAGAUGCAAUAUUUUUUCCAUAUCUCUGAGAAUUUUAAUGAUAGAUUUUUUGAGUUUUCUUCUUUCUGCAUAGUCUUUACAUUCUUUUUUUUUUUAAUUUUUUAUUAGUUGGAGGCUAAUUACUUCACAACAUUUCAGUGGGUUUUGUCAUACAUUGAUAUGAAUCAGCCAUAGAUUUACACGUAUUCCCCAUCCCAAUCCCCCCUCCCACCUCCCUCUCCACCCGCUGGUUGGCCACAUCUAUUAGGGGACAACUUCUCCUUAGAACCAGAAAAAUAACUUUAUAUUUUUUGCUUUUCAAGCAAGCUCAGUAUAAGUAGACACUUAUCUUUUUGUUUUCACCUUCAAAUUCAGGUGAUAACUGGAUUUAACUGAUGACAAAAAGACAUAGGAAAAAUGGCAAAACAAAGGAAGAUGGGGAUAGAAAUCAGUGACAAUUAUUUAAUGUAUCAUAAGAUAGAUAUAAGUUUAGUUAAUAAAAAAAAGCUUGCUUUUCAUUAAAAGGGAGUGAUCUGCUGGUUUAACUCUAAGUUGAACUAUAUACAUUUGCAAUAUUCACCCAUUUUUGACCUACAAAAAUGGGGAUUUCAUGUGGCUCAUUGUAAUAAGUAAAAUUGUGAUUUUGCCUAGAUAGGUUGUGAGUAUCUUUCAAGUCCUGGAGGGCCCACAGGACUUGAAACCUGGCUCCUAUAUCGAAUCCAAUAAGACUCCACAGAAUUGGGCUCUUUCUUUGCCUUUACUGCAGUGAUAGAGUUCACGUGAAGGUGACAAUUAUAGGUUAACAGCUUGGCCUUGAUUGAUCUCCCUGAGUAUUCAAAUGGCAGCAGGAGAAUCACAACCAUAACCCAAAGAUGCACAACUCAAACAGCUGUGCUUUCAGGAAUUACUGUGAAAAUGGAGAUGGUAUCUCAUGGGGACAUAUGUUGAAGCUGAAGUCAACCGUAAGUAUUAUUUUAUUCAAACCCUUCAUUUUACAAAUGAGAAAACAGAAAUUUGGAUACAUUAGGAGCAUCAUCAGCACCAGAUCCUCAUAUGGUGACUGAUCAGACCAGUUUUCUUGUAUUGCACUCAGUUCCUCAACUCCACACCCUCCUGCCUAUUUUCUAGUCCAUUUCCUGCCUUACUUCAACUCACAGACUUUAUCUCCAUCCAAUAGAUGGAAUGGGGGGAAGGAGGGAAAAAAGGGAAAGUGGAGCCAAUCUUUUCUCACUCUAUAAUGAAGAGUUUCCGUGUCUAGAUGGUAAACUGAACACUUGUCACUACCUUUCCCACCAAACCCAAGUCUCCCAGAAAUGUUAGAAAACAUGUUUAGAAUGAAUUUGUACAAAGCCUUGCUCCAAAACCGGAAAAGAACUCUCACUGGAUCAUAAACUGUGAGGAAUCCCUGGAAGUUAGCAAUUAGUUAAAAUCAGAUCAAGGAGUAAAACCAAAGCCUAAUAUGUACAUGGGAAAAUUCAUUUACAGUCUGCCACAUUCCAAAUUUCAUCUCCUUUUCUCCACCCCCAGCUAAAUCUGCAUCCCAGACCCUCCCUCCCUGAAACCUUUGUCUUAGAACUCUUUUCACUAGCCUGCACUGCAUCAGGUUUUUCUCAAUCUUUUCUCAUUAUCAUUCUCCUAAAGCAGCUUUUGAAGGCAUUUUCUCCCUAAUCAUUCCACCAUAAAACUUUAAUACCACAAAUAUACUGUGUAUCUAUUUAUGUACUCUAUGUACAUCUGUGCUUUACAAAUCAAAAGACUAACAACUUCUUGCCCCCUCAGGGCAGUUUUUCCUGCCUUGGGAGUGAUAUUGCCCCCUUUGAGAAUGUACAUUUACACCCCAAGGAUCAAGUAGCUUCUUCUAAGAAGGGGUGGGGGGUGUCUCCCUGUCUCCUCACAAGUCAUACAAGGGGAAUGACCAAUAUUUCUACUUCACCCAAUCUUCAUCCAAUACUUCAGCCAAUCUCUGGGUGAACAAAUCAUGUGAACAGAAUCUUUUUCUGUAAGUGGGUUAGGGAAAAGAUUCAACAGGAGGAGAAACCAAGAGCCAAAACAUGGUUUAGAUACUUUGUCCUUGUUUUAUUUUUCCUCCUAGUGUUCCCAGGGCAUGCUUUGCAGAAAUGACAACCUCUAAGAGAUAGUCUAUAGAAUGGAGAUGUCAGCACAGAAGAAAUGCACUGUGGUAGGCAGACUCUGAGAUGGUUCUCUUGGUGUUUGUGCCUUUGAGUAACCCCUUUUCCUUGAGUGUGGGUCAGACUUGCUGACUCACUUCUAAUACACAGAAUCUGGCAGAAGUGAGGCAGUUCCUUCCAAAACUAGAUUAUAAAAAGACUGGCUUCCAUCUUGGAUUCAUUUUCCUUUUUUUUUUUUUUUGGCAAAGAAAAUUUUUUGCUGAAUUUUUACUCCAAAACUUAACUAAUAAUGAAAUGUUCAUAUUGGGCAAUUGUGCAAUACAGACAUGAGUUCUUCAUAACAAAUGCAAUUAGAAUUUAAGUAUGAUAGAAAUCUAUAUAUCAAAUUAAGAUUUUCUGAAGUCUAAUAGAAACAUGUGAAAAAGAACUACUCAAACAUAGUAAAUAUAGAGCUUAAUAAGAUAAAAACUGUGUAAACUCUUAGGGCAAGAACUAGAACACUGUCAGCAUUACAGAAGUUCCAACAAAUACAUGUAAUUA